ACCAUUCCCCUUCGCUCUGCACCCUUCCCGUCGCUCUCUCCCUCGACGAUUGUGAGCUCGACUGUGCUCUUCGCUGCUUGACUGUGCUCUUCCCCACCCUUCCCCAUCGCUCUCUCCCUUGUGACGACUGCGAGCUCGAUUGCACCCUUCCCCAUCGCUCUCUCCCUCGUGAAGACUGCGAGCUCGACUGCGCUCUUCGCUGCUCGACUACGCUUUUUGCUGCUCUGUGAGCUCGACUGCGCUCUUCACUGCUCGACUAUGCUUUUUGCUGCUCGACUGUGCUCUUGGAUUGGAAUCUUCUGUGGCUUUGGUGAGCUCUUUUUCGCCCUUCUCCUUGUGAGGUAGGCUUUACUCUUUCUCUUCCUUGCUCUUCUUUUUUGGGUGUUGGGUCAUAUUGGCUCUUGAACGGUGGGUUUCGUGGGAGCCCUUAUGAGAAAUUGAGAGCAAAGAACCCUAGACCGAAAGGCUGUCCUGUGGCGUCGUCUGAGGUUUGAGUUCAGCGUUUUAUCCACUUCUUCCCCGACUCAAUCCUAGAGCCGAAAGGCUGUCCCACUUCGAUGUUUCAAUGCUUUAGAAGCACUCGUUUCAACUCCGUUUUAUCCAAUCCGAGAGCAGCCCAAGAUGGUUGUGAUUCAUGCUUCUCCUUACAAGGUCAGUUCUUUUCUUCGUUGUUCGUGCGAAUUGCUUGGUCCGUCUAGAGUUCACGGCAUUUGGGUUUUGUAUGUAGUGGCUGGGGAUAUUGAAAUCUUCGUUGCUCGUGCGAAUUGCCUGGUCCGUCUAGAGUUCGCAGCUUUUGGUUUUGUAUGUAGUGGCUGGGGAUGUUGAAAGAUGGUUGCUUUAGGUGAAAUUGUUGGAGGGAUUGAGUUCUUUUUCUUGCUUUCUGAGAUGGGUUCAGUUGGUUUUCAUUAAAUUUUCUAUUUUGGUGAUGAAUUUUCUUCUUUUAAUGCUUUUAAAGAAUAAUGCGUGUAUCGUUUAUUGCCCUGUCGCGAAUUGCCAGUCGUAUCUGAGUUUUGCCCACAGGGUGUUCGCUUCUGUUGUUGAAGUUGUGGCGAUUGGGUCUGCUGCUGCGUGGCGUUUGUUGUUGUUGCGACUGACAAAGCUUGUUGUGUACGGCGGUCAGGUUCUCACUCAAAGGACUUGCAGUUGUUUGGGGAAGACGGCUUCGGUCAACAAAUUGUUUUACUUGAGGGGAAGCUCUUCUCUCGAAGAUUUUUCGUUGUUGGGCAAGCUUAGAUUUUGUAGUUUUUCAAGUACUGAUGUGCCUUCGUUGAAACGGAGGUCUCGAGGGCCAGUUAUGGCAGCCAAGAAAGCUGCUGAAGGGGGUAAGCAAGAUGAGGGCAGAUACAAGCACACAGUUGCUCUACCUAGGACAAGUUUUGGGAUGAGAGCAAAUGCUUCUGUUAGAGAGCCAGAAAUACAGAAAUCGUGGGAUGAAAACCAGGUGUUCAAAAGGAUUGUCAGCAGAAAUAAUGGGCUUCUUUAGAAUUUUAAAGUACACUAUGUUCCUGGUUGGGAUUGCCAUGGCCUACCAAUUGAACUAAAAGGCAUGUACUUUUAAGUUAUAUCUGUAUACUUCAGUUAUAUGUGGAGCACAACCUUGUAUUUGUGUAUGUGAAAUACUUCUGACUAGUGACACGCAUUCAUUUAUACCUUCAUCGUAGUGCUACAGUCAUUAGACAAAGAUGCCAGGAAAGACCUCACUCCAAUUAAGUUGAGAGAAAAGGCAGCAAAAUUUGCCAAGUCCACUGUUAAAACUCAGAUGGCAUCAUUCAAGAUCUGAAGCCUUAAGCUCAGUCCCUGCUUAAUUCUUGCUGUGAUUGUUCAUCCAUUAUCUAAUGGAGCUAGUUGAUGUUUCGAUGAAAAUGAGCUACUUUUUCCUAAGGAAAUUGCACAAUUGUGGGAGAAGCUUUUUCAUGAAAUAUAUCUUAUGUAAUAUUUGCAGUAAUAUGGGGUGUGGGCUGCCUGGAAUAACCCUUACCUUACUCUUGAUCCUGAGUAUGAAGAAGAAGUGGAAGAUUUUAAAGAGUA